AUCUUUCCUUGCGGGAUUACUAUGGUUGCAAUAUGAUAUUGCUCACUUACAAGAUCAGAUUGGAUUGUUGUUCUAUUACUCAAGAUUUUGGAGUUUCUCCCCUAUGUUUAAUGCCAUUUUGACCUUCCCUCAAGAAAGGAUGAUGCUAGAAAAAGAACUUUCUUCCAACAUGUAUAGGCUUUCAUCCUACUUUAUGGCAAGAAUUAUCUGUGAUCUCCCCAUGGAGCUUGCCCUUUCGACCGUUUUUGUCACCAUAACCUACUAGAUGGCAGGUUUCAAGCACGUUGCUCUGCAUUUCCUGCAUACACUUUCUAUCCUCCUUUACAAUGUCCUGGUCUCUCAAGGCCUAGGACUUGUUAUCGAGGCAAUGGUGAUGGACCAAAAAUCAACAACCAUACUUGGAUCUAUAAUCAUGCUUUCCUUUAAACUGGCAAGAGGAUACUACGUGCAACAUGUCCCUUCUUUCAUAGCAUGGAUAAAGUAUAGGUCCAUCACCUAUAACAGUUAUAAAUUGCUAAUCGGGUCUCGAUUCAAGCCAAAUGAAACCUAUCCUUGUGGUGGUUAUGGGAAGGCCAUUGACACUUGCUUAAGCAGCGAAGUUGAGGAGAACAACAGCUGCUAAGGAGAAUGAACUGUCAAAUUGUAAGUCUAUUUCUCAAUUUUGAUCAUUAUUAAUUGAAUUCUGUGUUGUAUGAAUUUGUUUGCUCGCCAAUCUGUUGUUUUCCUCCCUUUCCAAUUAGUAAUUUCAUCUCUUUCACUUUUGGCUUUGAUGUUAUGUCUUAAGAUCAUUUCAUUUCAUUUUUUUUUUUAUUUGUAUGAGUUAUUUUGAUUAAUUUAGUGCUACAAUCUUUUCUAAUUUCAUCUGAUUUUAAAGAACCACUCCUUAUAUGUGGACACAUGCUUGGAUAGUUAUAUUUUUGUGUUUUUGCAUUCUUAGGCUAUGUGCUAACAACAUGCAGACUUGAGUUAUAUUAGCAUGAUUGAUGAUUUCAUGCAUUGUCCUUGGAUUUCAUCUAUUAUUUCUAUUGCCAUUGAUAGAUAGCCUUAUAGCUUUGUGGAAUUUUGACAUGAAUACCAUGAUCUCUUAGCACAAAAUGCAGAAUAUGAUGGGAGAAGGAGAAAUUAUGAAUUAUGGAUCAUUUUUCUGUAUCUUCUGCUAUUUUACAUUUUUCCAUGUUCUAUUGAUCAUUCUUGGUUUUGCAAUGUAGAUUAAUUGAAAGUAUUCUUAACUUUUGUCAAAUUAUGUACAAUUGUAAGAUCUAUCUAGCAUUAUUGCUAGGGUAAAUGCAAAUCAGCCUCCUCCUCCUUCUUCUUCUUCUUCUUCAGCAAGCCAGCCUUCCUCAUCAAGCCAACCUUCUUCAAGCCAACAAUCUUAUUCAAGCCACCCUUCUUCAAGCCAAAUGUAGUAAUCUUGUGUUAAUUAUUUUGGUUUUUGGAUGCCAUUGCUUAGAUUAAUUAGUGUCAUAGAGGUUUUGGUGACAAUUGGUAAGAAAUGGUUUGAAGUAAU